GUAGAAUAAUCCAAAAAGACUGUGCAUGGCUCUUCACUCACCAAAAUAUCCUGGGCGUAGAUUACAAUAUGUAUUUAAUGCAAUCUUGAAAUCAUCAAUCAUUAAGUUGUGAAUUAUAAUGCCCUUUUUAAGGAUUCUGCCCAAUGCAUCUGUCUUGCCUGCAAUCAUAUCCUUAAUUUAGAAAUUGUUUUCUUAAUAUUAAAUAACGAACAGAUCAAUCAAGCCUCUGUGUGUCAUAAAUAUCUGACACACCAGCUUCUAUUACCUCAGUCUCUCAGAAGGAAGAAGUAGUGCUUCUAUAGUUGGCUUUCCAUUUAGUUUGUGAGAGGUGAGAUGGAGAAAAAAGAAGCAGUACCUGAAAUGGUGUAUGAGAGGAGACAGUUUGAGACAUUGUUAAGGCUGGUGCCUGUUGCUCUCUGUCUUUCUUCCCUAGUUGUGACCCUAAAGACUCAUCAGAGCAAUCAAUAUGGAACUCUGGAUUAUAGCAAUGUUGGUGGAUUCAGGUAUUUGGCUUAUGCAAAUGGGAUAUGUGGUGGGGUUUCUCUUAUAUCUGCAUUCUGCUCUGGAAUUUGCUGGUCAUCCAACUACAACUUGUUAAGCGCAUGGAUGGUUUUCCUUUUGGAUCAGAUUUUAACAUACAUUAUACUGGGAGCUGGAGCAGUGGCAACUGAAUUGGUAUAUUUGGCAAAGAAUGGUGAUGAGGAGGUGACAUGGGAAGAAUUUUGCAGCACUUAUGAAAAGUUUUGCAAUAGAGCUUUGGUAUCUGUUAUUAUAACAUUUGUAACUGUCUUAGUUCUCAUUGCCAUUUCUAUCACAUCUUCUUAUAAGUUGUUUAGUAAAUAUGAUCCGCCAUAUGUUAGUCAAGGAGAUGGAACAACUGUCUUUCCUUGAAUUCAAAGGAAAUAUUCAAAAAAAUUCUGCAUACAUUAAAUUUAUAUAUUUUUAUAUCAAUUUUUUCUUUGUUU